AUGUCGUCUCCACCUCCUAAUCACAGCCAAGAUGAUCAAUCGAUACCCUCGAUAAAACCAGUCACCCGUCCCACUCCCAAUACCACACCACAAAACUCAUCUGAAUCCGUACCAUCUUCGAACUCGAACAGAUCGACUCGUCCUCAAUCUGUGACUAUGCCUGCCAGGCCAGUAUAUGCCACUGGCCAAUUCUCGACCGAGAGACAGUCUCAGAAGCCCGUGUCCCCCUCUCAGCGUGUUGCCAGCUCUUCAGGGCCAGGUCAAAAGGGAAAAGCUACCACACCGACGCAUGAGGGACAUGCGCCCAGAUAUAGUCCUUCCAUCUCACCUUCAGUGGGUAGUGCCGGCCCUUUGAGUCCCUCAUCAACCUAUGGUAAUAACAGCUUCGUUUUCCCUAUGAGAUCGGUCUUUCAGGGAUUGAACUCUUCGGAACAACCACUUUAUGGAGAAUCGUCUGGUGGCACAUCCCUCAAUAGAGCUCAAUCUCGAUCCAGCGAUGCUAGGGGUCCCAUAUCAAGACAUGCUGGACAGGAUGAUCGACGAUUUUCCACGAGCUCAAUAACGGCCGAUAACGACGCUGGGAUACAGACGAUCGCUCAGAUGUUGCAGGAGCAAGAUGAUAACGAUAAUCAAAAACCUAAAGAUAGAGGGAAGGGUUCAGCGACUUUCAAUGUAAAACCCAAUAAUACAACACCUGGGAAGGGAGUGACCACCCCUCCAACUCCCAAUACGACCACGAACCCACAGUCGGAUCUCUCCAUACCGUAUAAAGAUGAUUCUGCUCCGAGUAGUCGGAGGGCAAGUGCUGAAGAUGGGUUCUCAAAAGCUCUAUCGACUGAAAGACCCAGUCUGGCAACGGGCGGUAGUUCUGGAACAGUCAAACAUACCAGUGACACUGGGACUGAUACACCUGUUAACCCAUCGGCGGAAGCUUCAGGAAGUGGAUUACCUCAAAAAGAUAGAACUCCCGUUGGUCAGCCGCAAGCUAACCCCGUAUCGGUCAAUUACAGAGAUUUUCCAGCGGAACAAGGCAAUGCAGGUGAAACUACCAAUUUCUCUUCGGCAGGUUAUGGAGAAUCAUCUUCUCAAUCUACACAAGGCAAUCAAACAGAACUUCAACAACCCAAACCUCGACAUGUCAUCUCCAAUGCUUUAGACGAUCUGGUGGAGAAAAAAAGGACGUCUACGCGCAGUGGAUCGAGAACUAGUUUGGAAGUUGAUGAUUCAGGUAUACGAUCGCUCAUCAACGAUUUUAGUGGAAUAGUGAGAUUAGGUGAAGCUGGAUCUUUCACUUCGACGGGUGGCACAGGUACAGGAGGUGAAGGUAACGGUACAAGAGGAGGUUCUGGUACUGGUACGAAAAGCAGCCAUGGACACCAAGCUGGUGAUUCUGGAUCGUAUGGGAAAGGUGGACCCAGUGGCCCCACCACUGCAGCCAGAUUAGCACAACAGCAGCGCCAACAAGGUCACGCCACCACCACUCGAGAGUCGGUCAGAGACUUCAUCAACCAACAGGCUCGUACAGUCAACAUGGCCGAUCCCAAUGCUCCUACCCCCUCGCCCGUACCAGAAGAACAAGAGGAAGUAUCGGACAUGUCUAAGCUUGCUCAAGGUGAUGGACUGGGUAUCAAUACAGGUCCGACGCCUGCCGAAGCUGUUCAAUGGGCUCAAGACUCGGAAGAAAACAGUGCACCAGCAUCUAGCGAACGAGCUUUGGCUUCUGGAGAAGAUGAGAAGGACGGAUUAACCGCAUCGACCAGCGAAGAUGGUUCUGAACCGAUAGUCACAUUCCGCUUCGAACAUGUCUCGGAUAACGAUGGACAUCAUGUGGUUGUAGGACGAGAAGGUAAAUUGAGGAGAUGUGAAGACGAACCUAUCACCACACCUGGUGCGGUUCAGGGCUUCGGUGUAUUGAUGGUGCUGGAAGAGGAUUAUGAUACUGGCGUUCUGACUGUUCGACAGGUGUCUGAGAAUGCGACAGAGCUUCUCGGUCUUUCUCCAAAGUACCUGUUUAAACUGGAUUGUUUCACUCGAAUACUCACCAUUGACCAGGAAGAUGUGCUGAGAGACAACCUCGAAUAUCUCCCUAUUGCUGAAGGAGGAAAAGGCAGUGUGGAAGAGGAGGGACCCUCGGUAUUCUUGCUGUCAGGUUAUGGAGAACCCGGUAGUGACGAUAUCGAAGAGGAGGAAGAAUCGGUGACUUCAGCCGGCAGCUUCAAUGGCAGAAGGAGGGAAUGGACAUGUUGGGUAGCUGCUCAUCGACCAAAGAGUAAAGCAGCAAACAAGGUGGAUGAGAAGGGCGUUGAGAUACCGGCACCAGAUUUGAUUGUCUUAGAAUUCGAGCUGGAGCGAGAUGAUUACAAUCCUCUUAUACAACCUUUCGAGCCACCCAAUCUGUCUUCCACCAAUGGAUCAGAUACACCUGAAUCAGGAAGUUUCACUGGUGCGAGUGCCGGUGAUCAAUCCAGCAACGGAACGGGAUCAGGAGGAGCUUCUGCUGGAUCAUCACUUACUAUCGGAUCGACCACCAGAGUUGGCGACCAUAGAGGAUCAGACGGAUCGACAGUCAUGACCGCCGGGAAUUCGUCGACACCUAACACUUCUCAAAUGGCCAGUGGAAGUCAUCCUUCAUCGAUGUUACCUCCCGGUGCCAAACCUAUGGGGUUGGAUGGACUCGAUUUUGAAGUGCCCAUCGAGAAGAUCAUCGAAAGUACCACGAAUCACGCCAAGCCAUUACGUGCUCUAGAACGUAUGCGACGAACGGGACAACAUGGAGGAUCGUCUACAGAUUCUGGAUCGGGAAGUAGAGGGGCCAGAGGUGCUCGUCGUCCUCGAAGGGGUCCACCGGCCGGUACAACAGGUACAAUGGACGUUUUCGCUGUCUUGGGUCAAAUAAACGACCAACUUGGUUCUGCACCCGAUCUGGAGACUUUCCUCAAGAUCACUGUGGGAGUUAUCCAGGAUUUAUGUCGAUUUCACCGAGUGUUGAUUUAUCAAUUUGACGAGUCGAUGAACGGUCAGGUAGUAUCGGAAUUAGUGGAAUGGGGUAAGACUACAGAUCUAUACAAGGGAUUGAUGUUCCCCGCUGCGGAUAUUCCAGCUCAGGCGAGAGAGUUGUACAAGAUCAAUAAAGUCAGACUGUUAUAUGAUCGAAGUCAGACCACAGCGAGAAUGGUCUUGAGAAGUAAAGAAGAUUUGGAUACUCCCUUGGAUAUGACACACUGCUACCUUCGAGCCAUGAGUCCAAUCCAUAUCAAAUAUCUCGCCAAUAUGCACGUACGAUCAUCGAUGUCAGUGUCGAUCAUGGCGUUCGGCCAAUUAUGGGGUCUGAUCGCUUGUCAUUCUUACGGUCAUCAUGGAAUGAGAGUGUCUUUCCCUGUCAGACAGAUGAUGCGAAUCUUGUCUGACUCCAUAUCAAGGAAUAUCGAAAGGUUAAGUUAUGCUCAGCGACUGCAUACGAGAAAGCUUAUCUCCACCAUUCCUACCCAAUCUCAUCCUACUGGUUAUAUCGUUUCCAACGCGGAUGAUCUGCUACAGAUCUUCGAUGCUGAGUCUGGGCUGUUGGUCAUUGGUGACGGUUGUAAACUUCUUGGACAAAACGAACAAGGUCAAGCUAUGUUGGCUAUCGCGGAGUAUCUUCGAGUUAUGAAAUUUGACGCUUGCAAAGCAUCAAACCACAUACAGCGCGAUUUCCCCGAUUUGGUUCUACCUCGAGCUCAAGAUACCAUCGCAGGAUUGCUUUAUGUACCGUUAACCGCCAAAGCAGGUCAAGAUUUCAUCGUGUUCCUACGAAAGGGUCAAGCCCGUGAGGUGCAAUGGGCUGGUAAACCAUACAAGGACGAAAAGGCGGGUGAUUCAGCAAGUUUAGAACCCAGGAAAUCAUUCAAAACUUGGUCUGAAAUUGUCACAGGCAGGAGUCGAGCAUGGACCGAUGAUCAACUUGAAUCAGCUGGUGUCUUGGCGCUCAUCUACGGUAAAUUCAUCCAAGUCUGGCGAGAGAAACAAUCAGCCAUGGCAUCUAAUCAACUCACCGCCAUCUUGUUGUCCAACACCAGUCAUGCUGUCAGAACCCCUCUCAGUCAAAUUAUCAAUACUUUGGAAUUGGCUUUAUCCGGUAAUAUCGACUCCGAUGUUAGGAGUAUGCUGGAGAACAGUCAUCAAGCCUCGAGGGCUUUGUUGUUCCAUGUCCAUGAUCUAUUGGAUCUUACUCGAAUUGAAACUGGAAACGAACAAUCCUUCAACGAUCCAUUCGAUAUCCGACAAUCGCUCACCGAUGCUGUGCGUUUGUAUCAGACCGAAUCUUCAAGACGAGGUCUGGACUUCCGAGUUAUCAUGGCCGAGAAUUUGCCUCAAUACGUUAUUGGUGAUUCUAGGAAAAUCAAGACCGUCAUAUCCAAUUUGGUGGCAAACUCAGUCAAGUUCACCGAAAAAGGUUUCAUCGAAGUGUAUUGUGGUUUACAGCAAAAUACGUCUUCCGAUGGAGGUCGAUCUCAAGAACUUGUCAAGAACGGUCAAGUACCCAUCGAGAUCGUUAUCAGUGAUUCAGGAUGUGGUAUCGCGACUGACAAACUUGAGGCUAUGUUUGUCACUUUGGAAGGUGCGGACGAAUUGAGAGGAUCUUCCAAUGGAUUAGGUUUAGGUCUCGCAGUAGUAGCGCGAAUAGUCGAACAGUUAGAUGGACAAUUACGUGCAGAAUCGGAAGUAGGCGUGGGGAGUCGAUUCUUCUUCACUCUACCUAUGCUUGUGCAUCAUGGGCGACCGUCAUCGUCGAAGGAUUCGAAGUCUUCUAACAAGAAGGCUAUCAAGAGCCGAGCGGGAAGUUCAGGUUCAGGAUCUGUCGCGUCCCUUCGAUCAGGAUUAUCAGAAGUUGAUUCGUUCGUCAAUGAUUUCGGUAACAGUCAUAUGCUGCACGCGCCCGUGGCACCGGAUGAUCAACGUAUCAAAGAUGCCGAAUACAGAAUGAGUAGACCUGGUACUUUCCCUGUUACGGAUUCUUCCUGGCCUGUAAAGCCCAGUCGAGUCGAUGCGGAUGCGGAUCAAUCCGUCCACAGCGAAUCGCCUCCAGUUGGUCGAUCACCCGAAAUCUCACAUACGCCCAAAUUGGAAUCUAGGAGAAUAUCUUAUCGAUCUUCACCUAAGGCUUCUAUCGACCACCCCAAGUUCACUAGUCAAAAUGAUGUUAGACGAGAAUCAGCUUUUUCCACGACUCCAAACAUUACCGCGCCAACGGGGAAGAGCCCAGAUCUGUCCAAAUCGACGAGGGCCAAGAAGACUCCAGAUGGUAAAACCAAAUUACGAGUGAUGGUUGUCGAAGAUGAUAUGAUCAAUUCACAGAUCUUACAGAAAAGAUUGAAAAUGGACAAACAUGUGGUCAGAGCUGUCACGAAUGGUCAAGAGGCCGUCACUGCCUUGCAGGAUGACUGGGAUUAUGAUGUUGUCUUGAUGGACAUUCAAAUGCCAAUCAUGGAUGGUAGACAAGCUGCUCGGGAGAUACGCAAACUCGAGGCUAAACUUGCACCUCAGACCGACAUUGAUCCAUUACGUGUGGAUGGGAGGAUACCCAUCUUUGCUGUUUCGGCUAGUUUGUAUGAGAGCGAUAGAGGGAAUUUGGCUGAACAUUUCGAUGGAUGGUUAUUGAAACCGCUUGAUUUCGCUAGAGUAAGAGUACUGCUGGCUGCACUGGAGGAUCCUGUCAAGCGGUCCGCGGAAGUUUACGAACAAGGUCAAUGGGAAAAAGGAGGGUAUCUCAGAGAUGCGCCGUCACCAUCACCUUCACCGGGUGUCUGA